GAAAAGCACCUCACUUUGGGGAAUACCUAAUCUCAAACACCCCAGGCGUUGCUUCUCUUGCAGAGAUGAGGAAUAAUAACAUAGGCAAAUAUGGAAGAUUUUGCAUUGAAAUUUCAGGGGGAGAAGUCUAUAAGCAAGAAGAGAGAGAGCUGUAAGUAUGCACAUGUAUUUUAUUGUAUUUCUUCUCCUUGCUGCCCCAUCCCUUUCUCGUCUGCCCAAAUUGUCCAACAGGUCAUGCUGCAGCAUUCACUACUCAGCCUAAGUAGAGUUGGAGUUUGUUGAUUGUAUGUAAAAAUAUCCAACUCAAAUGUAACUCAUUGAAGAAACGAUCCCAAUUUAACUAAAGUUAAUGAAGGCCAUGAUCUCCUGCAGUGAUGAGAACUUGUUUAGCAGUCAAUUUUCAGGAUCAGCCUGCGGUUUUGCAGAAGCAAGGACUCAGAUGGACCUCUUUUUCCCACGUCAGCAACUUCUGGGAAGGCAAUCGUGUAGGCUGGGAGCAUGCAACCCGAACUGGUGUACACUGGAUUGAAGGUGAUGUUUCUUCCCUUUUCCCAUUUCCACGCACUAUUUCCUCCUUUGUUUCUUUUCUUUCUAAACAACAACUGUCCUGUCAGGUUCAUAUUUGUUAGUUUUCUGGCAAAUACUGUCCUCCAUCAAAAGAAUAUUGUUUCAAAGCAGUGUGAGAAUCAUAGAAUGGCUUGGGUUGGAAGGGACCCCAAGGACCAUCAAGUUCCAGCUCCCCUGCCAAUGAUAGGAGAUGAAGGGAAUGUCUGUUGUCAGUUGUGCUACAGGGUUUUGGAUUCGUUGUCUGCAUUUGUCUCUCUAAGCCAACAUGGAAAACACACAGUGGUAAAUGAACAAAGUGGAUUUCCAUAUAGCAACUGCAGAGUGCAUUUCUGGAGUGAAUGUGUGAGUCUGAGCCAUCUAUUCUGCUUGAGCGUCCAUACUCUGUUACUAACACUGUCAGUAUGUUGUAUGCCAUGCUUGUGGCUUCUGAUCCUGCUCCUACAUGUGAAACCAGUGGGGCUUGUACCCUGUUCCUGGCUCUGCUCUCAUGGUACUGUGACAAACAUCAUCAUUUGCAAGUUAUUUGGUGAACUCUCUUGGGAUGAGGUCUUCCACAAGCUGGUCUUCUCAGACAGAUUCACUUUUUAGGAUCAGGCCCAUCGAGAGCCAUUUUGAAUGCCUAAGACAAAGCAGAGAGCUGGCAUGGGCAAGAAAAAAGGGUGAUUGUUUUUUUUCCUUGCUUCACUUGCUGUAUCAAAGUGUGUGGAAACCAAAUUAUACAUUUCAGCAUGACAGUGAGGAAAUGGGGAGAUAUCCUGAUACGAUUUCCUGAUUACUGUAAUGUUGGCUGUCUUUUUCUAAAAUGAUCCUACAGGAGGCAGGAAAUAGCGGGUCUAUUAGUGAAACGAUUGUCCAGCUAUUAGUUUUUAGAGCUUUAAAUAGUCUUAUCUCAAUGCACCUAUUUGGUGUGUGGCUCAUCUAUCACCCCUAAAAUGUUUUAUCAGCACCUGAAAAAUCUCUGUAAGAAGAAUAGCUUCAAAUGUUACCCAAUCAAGUGGCUUUCAGAUAUAGAGUGUGGGGUUUUUUUUAAAGGUCUUUUAAGACCUGAUGCAAUUUGCCAGCUUUUCAGUCCCGUUUCACAGCUCCCACAGCACCACUUAUAUAAAUAGUCCUAAGCAGAAUAGAAUGGAUAUCACAAUAGAUUAAAAGAAAAACAGGUUAACAGGCAGCAAAUCAAUGUCCAUUCAGCCCCAUUGUGACAUUUGUGAAAAUAAAGGGUUAUGAAGAAUUAUGGCCAGUUACCAGCAGAGUAGAACUUCUGUGGCAUCACUGUGUUCCUUAACAACAGAUGGUUGGUGGGGGCUUCAGCAGAGCCCUGUGUCAGAAGCAUGUCGUGUUAGAAAUAGUAGCAUUGUAAGCUGCUGCAAUUUAUUGUGAAUUUUGUAUUAUUUGGCAUAUUUAGAUGAUGAGAGUCUAAUUUUUUCUUCAGAAAGUUUCUAGUUUGAAAGUGAGUUUAGGUGUGCGUUAUCUUGAACUCUGAUGGAGAUGAGCUGAAGACAAGGAACAUGGGUAUGAUGGUUUUUCUUUCAUUGCCUACUUGGUGCUGUAUCCACUGCCUUGCUGUCUUCACAAGACCCAAGAAUUGGAGCUCUCAGUGUGGAUGCACCUGCAACUAGUUCAGACUGGGUCAUUAUUUUUAAUGUUAACAUUAACAUUAAUUAAACAUUAAUGUUGACAGUUAACAAGGUGAUUUUUUUAUAUCCAGGGCUUUUCGGGUACCAGUUUCACCACCAGAAAAUGGCUGUGUUAGUAACAAAAAUUGAGUUGCAACAAAGUCAGUUGUAAGUAGAUACUGAAAGUGUUCCUUUGGCUCUGUAUUUUGUAAACUUUGUCAUGUAUUUGCCACCUUAUGCUCCUCCCCAUUAAAAUCUACGGGAGAGCCCCCUCUUGAAUGAGCCAGCUGUGUUCUUCUAUGGGAGGAAAUAUAUUGUGAGUUAUGAAGCUAGAAGCAAAAAGAUUUUCUCAGAGAAGGAGAAAUAGAAAUUCUUUUUGCCCACUAACUGCAGCAUAAACAGCUUCUUGCUCCCAUCUGACCUUUCCCACGGAGGGCCUUUCAUCACCGAUAUGUUUCAGAGCUUUUCUUUGGGCAGAAGGCUGCCAUUUGAAAAGAAUUGCCUUUAGUGAAACUGUAUGGGUUUUAUUUACAGGAGCGAGGGGUUACAAAGUGAUGCUGGUGUUAUGAACCCUGCAAAGGAUACAUUGCACUUGAGAGCGCGGUGUUCAUGAUGGACACUUAGCGAGUCUUCAUUUUCAAAUGUGAUAAAACCCAUGCUCAGUGACUUACAGCUCUAUGAGGGCUAAGUGCUUUGAGAUUUAAAAAACAGCUCAGCAGGCAGCUUGGCUAUUGCAGCCAGCAAUGGGAUGGAACUGAAUGGUGGAGAGAGGACACGGGCAGUGCUACAAGGUGACGUUGCCCCACAGACCAAUGGAGGUGGGAAACGAGCGUUGGUUGCCCUUGUGAAAUUUGGAAAGUCUCAUUGUGCCAUUCAAUUUUCUUUGAAAAACAAAAUAUAUGUUAACAUACAGGAAAUUCUGCCUCCUUGGUCCCUGCUGGGAUUUUAACCAAACGUCUUUCUGCUAAUUGAGGAACAGAGAUGAGCAGCAUGGCAGCAAGCAGGAGCAAUCUCUAUGCAUUGCAACACAUGGCUGGCAGUAAAAUCUAGAGUGUGCUCUGUGCUUAUGAUCGUAGCUUCUCUUUUGCUGCUGUUGCAAUAUUGGAUGUGCAUUACACUUCUGAGCUAGCGAAGCCCUGUGGAUGGGGAGGUCUUUCCUGUAAGUAGGUGUUGGUGAAGUUUUUUGUUGUUGUUGUUCAUAAAUAAUUAACAGUUAAAUCAAUUGUGUCAAAGGUUAAGCUAGCUGUAUCAGAUAGGCACGUCUUGCUUUAGUCUGGGGGCAAAGUCGUUCAACACAAAAAAUAAGGCCGAAAAGGCAAACAAAAAGCUUUGCCUGCUCUCAGCCAUCUUUCCUACUAGUUCCAUGUCUGGAGAUGAAAGGGCCAUUGGUCGCUGACUGCCUGGUCAGUAACAUUCGGUGGGAAACCUCAGCCUGCAAUGGAAUCUUUCUGUCCUGAUGAAUAGCCUACAAAGGAUCCGUUUGCAUCCUUCUCUGUGUUAAGUCAUCAUCACCAAGUUGCCAAACUAAAAGGUGCAGCAGCCACUCGCUUGUUUGUCAGAGUUGGUGCCAUCUGUGAGAUCGAUGUGACACAUUAAGAGGUGUCGCACUUCUCCAGGUCAUUGCAAUGAGGUUGGUUUUGAAUUGUGUCAGUGAAUAUGAUUAGUUUUAUAUACAGCAUCCAUCAUUCCCAUAAUGAGCAAAUUCAAAUGGAUUUAUUCCUUGUGUCAUCGAAGCACUGAGCCUUGGCCCAGAGUGCUCAGUGCAGGACUGUCUCCUCAAGAACAUCUGCUUUCCCUGGAAGCACAGUGAAAUGUAUUAUUUGUACCGGCAAAUGCAGAUUGGGAAAGUUUUUCUGCCUCUAAGAUGCUCAUGGUAGAUUAAAACAAAUGAGGAUAGCAAUAAGAGGAAGGCUGUUGUGCCUCAAGAAUCAAAGUGAGCUGUGAACCCGAAGUGAGAAGCAGCAGCACUGAAGGCUGCCUCAACAGAAGACUGGCAAAAAAUUCAGUUUCAGACCCUUUUGAGGGUCCUCAUCUGGAAGCAUCACUUGGGGAGUUCUCCAAGGCAGCCCUUGGUGAGUUCUCUGUCCUGGCUAUGCCACUGAAGUCAAUACCCCAUCAAGGCUCUUGCCUGUGGCCUCAGAAUUUCGGGCAUUCUGAGACAGGGCCCAAGUUUUAGUCUGAAAGAAAACUAAGCUCCUGGCCUUCCUCCGAGAGACAAACCAGCGUUAAAAGCAGAAAUAAAUACUUAAUUUUGCAGUUUGUUCCUAGAGAGCUGACUUCAUUUCCCUUAUUGCUUCCCUCUUGCCAAGUCUUGAGUAUUCCAUUUCAUUUGUUGAAAUAUUCAUUUGUCUCUCCCCUCUGAAAGAAGUGUUAAAAAUGAAAGUUUAAAUUGCUUCUGUCCAGCUCCUUUCUUUCUUCCCCUUUGCCUGCAGAAAGGAGUGCACUAACAAUUCCAAAGUUUACCUUGCACCUCUGCCAAGUGCUGGGUCAUCUGUUCUUCACUGCCUGGAGGAACGAGCCAGUUUGUUUCCAAAUCCUCCAGUACAGAACUGGAGCAGUGCUGGUUUUGACCUGCUGAUGGGAUGGUGGCACGAUGACUGUGUCAUGGAUGGCGUUUGCUCCGUGCCCCAUCAAACUGCUGCUGCUUUGUGCUGUACUCUGCUUCCUAAAUGUUCAUUGCUUCAGCAGUGGAACAGAGUCCCUCGGGCUGAUCAGCGCCAGCAGCAGGCAGGCCCGGUCUGCACGCGACCCACCCCAACCGCGUGACUGUGUGCUCUCUGCUUGGUCCUCGUGGAGCAAAUGUGAUCCCUGCCAGAAGAAAAGGUACAGAUUUGCCCGCCUGGAACAACCUUCUCAGUUCAAUGGAGAGCCAUGUGAUUACUCUGACAACGAAAGUGAAGACUGCAUCACCAAUAAUCCUUGCAGAAAUAAAGUCAGAUGUGAAGGUUUUGUGUGUGCAGUUACAGGGAGAUGCAUUGCACGGAGGCUGCUUUGUAAUGGAGAUGAUGACUGUGGAGACCAGUCAGAUGAAAAAAACUGCAAGAAAGUGUUUAAAAAAUGUGACCAGGAGAUGGAGCAAUACUGGGGAAUAGAGAAUCUGGCAAAAGGGUUAAAUAUCAUCACAAAAAACUUGGAAGGAUUAGUUCUUGAUCACAGGUACUAUGGUGGGGCAUGUUCUCCCCAUUACAUUGCGGAUACGAGAUUCAGAAAGCCAUACAAUGUAGAAAGCUAUACACCAGAGACCAAAGGCAAAUAUGAAUUUACAAUGACUGAAUACGACUCCUACUCAAAUUAUGAAAGCAGUGUCCUGAAGGCAGAAGCUUCGCAGUCUGGCUUCAGCGCUGGUAUAAGCAUAUCUAGUCGGUUUGAAAUUGGUUACAGCAAAAAUGACAACAGGUUCAAGAAGUUCAUUCAAAGGAUGAAAAGAUUUUCUUCGACAUCCAGCAAAUUCCUCCACGCCCGUUCUGAGCUGACUGUGGCUGUUUAUAAGCUGAAGACCCGAGGCCUGAUGCUGCAUUACGAGUUCCUGCAGAGACUCCGUCAGCUUCCGUUGGAGUACAGCUAUGGGGAGUACAGAGAGCUGUACCGAGACUACGGGACACACUACAUCACUGAGGCUACUGUUGGUGGCAUCUAUGAAUAUACUUUGGUCCUGAACAGCAAUGAGCUCCAGAAGGCAGGUUUUUCUAUGAGCGACGUCCAGAAAUGUGCACAGCACGGCUUUAAAAUCGGUGGAACUAUCAAAGGCAUCUCUCUGAUUCUUGGGAUAAAUGUAGAAGGCUGCAAAUCCCUUUUAAAAGAGAUUGGGGACAGCAUCUCCAAAAAGCAGUAUGUGGAAGACUUCAUCGCCCUCGUCCGUGGAGGAGCAAGUGAACACAUCACGGCGUUGGCUAACAAAGGCCUGCCAACGGCUGCACUGAUGCAGGAGUGGGGAGAUGCUGUGCAGUACAACCCUGAGAUCAUAAAACUGAAGGUACAGCCGCUGUAUCAGCUGGUGACUCCAGCUGACUUCGCUAAUGCAAUGAUAAUAAAAGAAAAUCUGCGCCAGGCUCUUGAUGAGUUUCAGCUGGAGACCAGUUCCUGUCGCUGUGCUCCGUGCCAGGGCAAUGGGAUCCCAGUUUUGAAAGGAACGCGGUGUGAGUGCCUCUGUCCCCUCAGCCACCGUGGCAGUGCCUGUGAGACCCCCAGCAGGACAGAUGCUGCUAUUAAUGGAAACUGGGGUUGCUGGGCCAGCUGGUCUCCGUGCUCAGGAGGUCAGCGAACAAGGAGGCGGCAGUGCAACAACCCCGCACCGCAGAAUGGCGGCUCAUCGUGUCCGGGGCCAGAUGCUGAAACAGUUACUUGCUAGAGGGGAAAAUCAUUUAAGAACUCAGUGUACACAGAGUGGCCAGCUUGCAAACUGAGUGGGAAGGUGUUACCUGCCUGGCUUGCUAAGUUGGCUUUGCUCUGCUUAAGGGUCUCAUCCCAGUGCACUGAAGUUGGGAACAUUUCGGAAGGCAUUGGUAGCAUCUCCGCUUCGGACAUGCUUUGUAGUCGUCCCAUGCUCUGAUUGUGCUUACUGUUCUUCAUAGUUUUCUGUGUCUUUAUGGCAAUGGGAUAAUAGGGACAAGCUGUAUCUCCUGCCUUAUUUGGUAGAAGGAGAUUGUUGCGUGAUUUUAAGUUUUACUGUUUUAUUUUUGAAGGUUCCCUUGAGAUAAGAAAAGACUGUUAGGUCUUACAUGCACCAGAAUAUGCAGUUUCUGUGAAGACAGCUGUGUCACAUGGAGCAAAAUACAGCAUAUUAAAGUCUAAAUCUCAAUGAGCACAAUAAUAUCUAGCGUGACAUUUAAAGCCACUACCCCAGUUUCCUUAUUUAUGGUAUUUAACUUAAAUUGUCUGUCAUAUUAGAAGUUGUCUUGGAGGAGUGAAAACCAAAUUGCAAAGCAUAGUCUGGUGUCAUUGAGGCAUUCUUAUACAGCUGCACAGCAGUUGUACUCUUACUGCAGAGACAAGCUUCCUCCUGUGCAUUCAGAAACAGAACAGGCCCACUGUGUGCACCCUGAUACACUCUGAUAUGCUUUCCUUGGAGAGGUCAGGGAAGGACAGAGGGAUGCUACCAGGAUGGGGAAUGGGAAAGGAGCUGCUCCUUCUGCUGCUGCCUGGGGCUUUGGGGAGGCAGUGGAGAUGACUGCUUACAGGUUAGGACAUCGGAGAUGAAGAGUAUUUGCUAUGAAAUGAGACAAAGCAAAAUGCGUGGUUUCCACUUUGUUACCAUCCCUAAAGCCAUGCGUCACAAUCCAGGUCCUACGAAAGGGGAACUUGUGUCUCUCUGCACUACUUUGUGACUCAACUGAGAGCAAAUGAUCCCAGGACUUUCCUCCUGCAGCUUGUUUGGUAGUUAGUGAGUUUUACACAGACAUUUGUUGGGGCAUGCUAUAAAAUAACUAGAGAGCUUUGCUUUGGGAAAACGGUGCAACCAGUGCAAAGUUAUUUGUGAGUGUUGUGAGUCUUCUAACAUCAGCAAGGUCAAACACUCUUAGGAAGGCUUUUAACGAUGCUAGUGAUGAUGGGUUGAUAUCACCAGUUUCUCUUCUUUCAGACUGAUGUUGUCUAAAUGCAAUUCUUGUAAGAACAUCUCAGGCUCUCUGACAUCUGAACAAUGGAACAUGCAUUUAGUUUUAGCCCUCAUGCCGCCUCCACACUUAGAGACAAGGUUUGUGUGACAGCUUUAAGAAAGGAAGAGCACAUUGCAUAUAUGCAUAUGUAAAAGCAGCUCGCUCUGUACUCAUAAUGGGCUACACACGUAAUUGAGCUGCCAACCCACAACAUUUCCUUCAUCCACGGUGUCACUGUUAUGUCUUUUGUGUGGUAGAAAUUAGCCAAGUGGCUCCUUCAGGGUCAUGGUCAAAGAGGUCACUGCUAAUGCUAUCUGUGUUUUUCUUCAUGGUUUUUAAAGGGGCACUGUGGAAGCAGUGCAGCAGAGGAGCACAGUCACCAGCUUGCGUUGGUUCAUGGGCACUUACCUGGGAGAGCAUGCACUGCAGUGCUGCUGCUUGCCCUUCUUGAGAAGCAUUGAUCUUAUCUGAUUGAGGAACUCUCUCAGAAAAGUAGAGUGGCUUUUGUAAGUGUGACCACCUUCCUGACCAUCACAGUGGAGUAAGCACUCUGACCUGUGGUCAUGGUGCAUCUAUCCACUGCCGCUACAAGCAGAGCCAAAUACAGCAACCCAAAGCCUGUCUCCUAUCAGAAAAGGGCAGAUUUUUUGAAGUGGCAAUGCCUGAGUUUGUGUAUUUGGAUUUGGGUUGGGUUUUUUUUGGAGGAAGAAAGAUUUGGCCGUCUUCAAGACGAGCAGGAUAGACUACCUGAUGUAUAUUGAGCCUAUAGGCUCUAGAAGCCUCCCAUAAAGGACAUAACUUUAUCUUGUCCUUGUGAUUUUGUGCUUUGAUUUAACUAGCUAACAAUUUACGAUGACCUGGAGGGUAAUAAAAAAUUUUGUGCUGAAGGUUU